CUUUUGUUCUCGCGAUAUUUCUGGGUACACAGGAACCCGGGCGACCCGGGCUUCUGUGAAACAUGGCGGUCGGCUGGGACCGUAACACAAGCAUAACUAUAUGAAGGAAGAAGAGGGUUUUCCUGAAGAUGAGGCGACUGAAUCGGAAAAAAACCUUGAAUUUGGUGAAAGAGUUGGAUGCCUUUCCAAAGGUUCCUGAGAGCUAUGUAGAGACUUCAGCCAGUGGUGGUACAGUUUCUCUAAUAGCAUUUACCACUAUGGCUUUAUUAACCAUAAUGGAAUUUUCAGUGUACCAAGAUACGUGGAUGAAAUAUGAAUAUGAAGUAGAUAAGGAUUUUUCUAGCAAAUUGAGAAUCAAUAUAGAUAUUACUGUUGCCAUGAAGUGUCAGUAUGUUGGAGCAGAUGUAUUGGAUUUAGCAGAAACAAUGGUGGCAUCUGCAGAUGGUCUAGUUUAUGAACCAGCAAUAUUUGAUCUUUCACCACAGCAAAAGGAAUGGCAGAGGAUGCUACAGCUGAUACAGAGUAGGCUGCAAGAGGAGCAUUCACUUCAAGAUGUUAUAUUUAAAAGUGCUUUUAAAAGUACAUCAACAGCACUUCCACCAAGGGAAGAUGAUUCAUCACAGCCUCCAGAUGCAUGCAGAAUUCGAGGUCAUCUAUAUGUCAAUAAAGUAGCAGGGAAUUUUCACAUAACUGUGGGCAAGGCAAUUCCACAUCCCCGAGGUCAUGCACAUUUGGCAGCACUUGUCAACCAUGACUCUUACAACUUUUCUCAUCGAAUAGAUCAUUUGUCUUUUGGAGAGCUUGUCCCAGGAAUUAUUAAUCCUUUAGAUGGAACUGAAAAAAUUGCUGUAGAUCACAACCAGAUGUUCCAAUAUUUUAUUACAGUUGUGCCAACAAAACUACAUACAUAUAAAAUAUCAGCAGACACUCAUCAGUUUUCUGUGACAGAAAGGGAGCGUGUCAUUAACCAUGCUGCAGGCAGCCAUGGAGUCUCUGGGAUAUUUAUGAAAUAUGAUCUCAGUUCUCUUAUGGUGACAGUGACUGAGGAGCAUAUGCCAUUCUGGCAGUUCUUUGUAAGACUCUGUGGUAUUAUUGGAGGAAUCUUUUCAACAACAGGCAUGUUACAUGGAAUUGGAAAAUUUAUAGUUGAAAUAAUCUGCUGUCGUUUCAGGCUUGGAGCCUACAAACCUGUCAAUUCUGUCCCCUUUGAGGAUGGCCACACAGACAACCACUUACCUCUUUUAGAAAAUAAUACGCAUUAGCACUUCCCAAGCAAAGGGGAAAAAACUUUUUGCCUGAGACAUAAAACCUUUUUUAAUAAUAAAAUAUCGUGCAAUAUAUUCAAAGAAAAGAAAAUAUGAAUGAGAAGCAGGAAACACACCUAU